AAAAAUAGAAAAAAUGAAAAAAAUAGAAGUAAAAAAAAAUGCUCACACCGACAAUUACAGAACAGAAGACACUGAGACCACACAGGAACUGCCCCACAUGGAUGAUGAAAUGUCACCGGAAAUGAAUGAGAAAUUUCUUGAAGAACCCUCCAAAGUUCAAGAAGUUCUACAAUUUCUCGAUCAAAUGGCCAAUGCCAACAAAAUGGAUGAAGGCAGCGCUCCUCAGAAGCCUUUGGUUGACAGCAGCGGCCUAGUAACAGAUGAAAAUUUUUUGGUCUUCAAACGGAUCAGUUUCAAUGAUCGUAUGUCAAUAAAGCGAUCGAAAUCGAAAAAUAAAAUAGUCGGGAAUACAAAUCAAUUUACGUUUAUGCGGCAAAUUGAUGAAACUCAAGAGAGACGAGUCGAAACUCGCAUUGAACGAGAACGUGUCGCCGAUAAUUAUCGACGUUUGGGAAAUUUUGAAUAUCGCCGCAAUGCUUUUGAGGCUGCCAUUCAAUUCUAUACCCGAGGUUUGGGCUAUAUAGUCGAUACUCCAGUGUUAUAUGUAAAUCGUGCCCUCUGUCAUAUUAAGCAACACAAUUAUAAACUUGGCAUUAAGGAUUGUGAUUAUAUCAUUUUUCAUCUUGAUAAAAGAUACCUGCGAGCCUGGCUAUAUCGAGCAGCGGCCUAUAAACGUCUAAAUGAUGAAAAGAGCUUUGAAGAGAGUGUCUAUCAGGCAAAGAGUUUAAAUUCAUCAGAAAUUGAAUAUAUUGAGAAAUUUUUGGAUAAAAUGCGAACCAUGCUUUAAUAUGCCAAAUCGCUUACAAAUUCUUGUUGUGAAAUAAUAAAAUGAAUUUAGAAGAUCGA